GUUUUUGAGCUUUAUUUGAAACCGUCGUAUCGUAUUACCCAGAGCCUUGAUUUUUUCGCGUCUCGCGGUUUCUAUAUAUUCGACGACGAGGCUUAAACACUGGUAUAGAAAAUGCAGAACGAGGAGGGAAAGCUCACUGAACUAUACGUUCCUAGGAAAUGCUCUGCCACUAAUAGAUUGAUAACUGCAAAGGACCAUGCCUCAGUUCAGAUGAACAUUGGCCAUUUGGAUGAGAAUGGUGUCUUUAAUGGUCAUUUUUCCACAUUUGCCCUCUCUGGUUUCGUCCGAGCACAGGGAGAUGCUGACAGUGCACUAGAUCGGUUGUGGCAGAAGAAGAAAGCAGAAGUUAAGCAACAGUAAAAGUGAUUUAAUUUCUUGUCUGAAGUUCUACGAUUUCUGGAGAUAUUUAUAGUAUGAUUGUGGAACUUUGGUAAUUAAGUUUUAAAUUUUACAUUUGUUUUUUUCAGCUAAAAGCUGAUUUUUGAUUGAUUGACACUGCAUUAAGAAGUAUUUGUUUACUCCAAUUCCUUCCAUUGAUUUAUAUGAAUAUGUUAGCGUUUCGUAUCGGUUUGGUUUGGCUUUUGUUUA